AUGGCUUCGAGUACGAUCUUUUCCAAAGCUCAAGAGGCAGCCAAUUUUCUGAGGGAGCGCCUGGAUCCAAGGCUACAGAAACCCAAGGUUGCUAUUGUUUGUGGUUCCGGGCUUGGAGGUCUAGCAGAUGCAGUUCAUGAACAGCCAAGAGUAGAGAUUGAAUACUCCUCCAUUCCUUAUUUUCCACGGUCCACCGUCCAGGGACAUGCAGGAAAGUUGCUUUUCGGAUUUCUGGGAGCUCAGACACCGGCCGUUCUGAUGGUUGGCCGAUUACAUUACUUCGAAGGCCAUUCUAUAGAGGAUGUGACAUUCCCAGUCCGAGUCCUUAAGCUUCUUGAAGUGGAAACGAUAAUAUUGACCAACGCCGCGGGGGGUCUCAAUCCUGAGUAUGCGGUCGGAGACAUAACAGUCCUCAACGAUCACAUCUUCCUUGCCGGACUUUCUGGUCUACACCCGCUGCGUGGACCAAAUGUCGAUGAGUUUGGUGUCCGAUUUCCUCCGCUUUCAGAUGCGUAUGAUCUAUCGCUCCGCCGUUGUGUCCAUAACGCAUGGCGAAGUAUCGACAAGUCAGAGAAACGGCGACUCCACGAGGGAGUCUACGCGUUUGUGUCUGGACCAAGUUACGAAACACGUGCCGAAUGCCGUUUGCUAAGAAACCUCGGGGCCGAUGUGGUGGGUAUGUCUACCGUGCCCGAAAUCAUUGUUGCUAGGCACGCUGGUAUGCGUGUGUUGGCAUUCAGCCUUGUCACAAAUAAUGCCGUCCUUGCUCCUGUGCCCCGAGGAGAUGACCAUCUCCUUCAGUCAACCUCUACUGGUGAACUGGAUAGUAUCAUCAAGGAAGGCAAGGCGGACCAUCAAGAAGUUCUCGAGACUGGCCGACACGCUGCACAAGACAUGCAGCGGCUCGUCGUUCAGGUCAUCACUGACGUCUUCGAGAAAUCCCCAGAUAUAUAG